UUGGGUGUGAGGUGCAGCGACCCCCCUCCCCAAGAAGGGUCGGGCCGCCUGGAUCCCCCCAAGGUGCCCGGGGACCCAGAAAGGGGGCGCGACGACCGCAGCUCCUUUCCCUUUCUCACUUCCGCGCCUCCGGACUGCGUCUCACGGGGAGCGGGAAUCUGAGAGCAAGAUAUCUGUGGAGUUUAAGAACACUAUGGAGCUCAUCAGAGUAUAUCACUGAAGAAUAUGAUGGCUGAAAGCAAUUUAAAAAUGCUAAAGAUUCAACAGUGUGUAGUAGUCAAUAAGCUACCUAGAAACAGGCCAUAUAUUUGCAAUAUUUGCUUCAAGCACUUUGAAACACCAUCAAAAUUAGCCAGGCAUUAUCUCAUUCAUACUGGUCAAAAGCCAUUUGAAUGUGAUGUGUGUCAUAAAACCUUUAGGCAACUAGUUCAUCUGGAGAGACAUCAACUAACUCAUAAUCUGCCUUUUAAAUGUAGUAUUUGUCAACGCCACUUUAAAAACCUGAAGACAUUUAUGAAACACCAACAACUUCACAAUGAAACCUACCAGAAUGAUGUCAAACAGGUCAGAAGAUUGUUGGAAGCCAAGCAAGAAAAACCUGUGUAUGGAAUAUAUCAUACUUUCACUGCAGAAGAGAGGUGGGCAUUACAUCCAUGCUCUAAGUCUGAUCCUGCAAAGAAAAAAAAUAUUCACGCAUGUACAAUCUGUGGCAAGAUGUUUCCGUCACAAUCAAAACUUGAUAGGCAUACACUUAUUCAUACUGGUCAGAGGCCUUUUAAAUGUGUCCUGUGCAGUAAAUCUUUCCGACAGUCAACUCAUUUAAAAAUCCACCAGCUCACACAUUCAGAAGAAAGACCUUUUCAAUGUUGCUUUUGUCAAAAAGGAUUUAAGAUUCAAAGCAAACUUCUGAAGCAUAAACAAAUCCAUACCAGAAAUAAGACUUUUCAGACUCUUUCAUUAAAGGUGAAGAGUCCAGAAUCAUGCGCCCAGCCUAAUAAAUUAAAUGCAAAGCAGGAUGGCUUUGAAAAUGGUGAUAUAGGCGAUUCUGAAGAGAAUAAUCAACUUGAUGUCCACUCUAUUUAUAUUGUCCCCUUUCAGUGUUCAGAGUGUGAAGAGUGUUUUGAAUCAGAGCAGAUUCUCAAUGGCCACAAGUGUUUUCCUGCCAGAGGUGGCAAAAUUCCAAACAGGCUCAAAAGAAGCUACAACUAUAAAACCAUUGUUAAGAAAGUCUUGGCUAAACUUAAACGGGCUGGGGGCAAGAAAUCAGAUAAUUUUCGACCUGAGAAAAAAGCAUUUAAAAGUAGUUUAUUGAAAAAUUGUGAUCUUAUGUCUGUUGAGCAGAGUCCUGAGCAAACACAGAGAACAUUUAUGGGUUCUCUUGGCAAACAUGGGACAUAUAAGACAGUUGGCAAUAAAAAGAAGAAAACAUUGACUUUGCCAUUUUCUUGGCAAAAGCAUUUCCAGAGCCAAAAUAUUGGGAAAAACUUGAAAGGUAUACUUACAACCGAAAGUGUGUUAACUAUGGAUAAUUCAGUGAAUGAUAAAGACGUAUCCAUCUAUGGUUCAUCAGGUGAGGAAUUCUUUAAUAACUGUGAAGUGCUUCAGUGUGGUUUUUCAGUUCCAACUGAAAACUUACAUACUGGACAUAAGAUGUGUCCUUGUGACAAAUGUGAGAAAGUGUUUCCUUCUAUAUCCAAACUACAAAGACAUUAUUUAAUUCAUACUGGACAGAGACCUUUUGGCUGUAAUGUUUGUGGGAAAUCUUUUAGACAGUCAGCUCACUUAAAAAGACAUAAGUUAACUCACAGUGAUAAGAUUCCUUAUAGAUCUCUUUGCCAAGUAGAAUUUGAAAAUUUGAAUAAACUUUUCGUUCAUCCAGGUGAUAAUGGUAACUACAAUGCUUCCCAACAAUGCCAGACUCUUGGUUUUCAAAAAUAUGAGGGCCCAGAGUCAGAUCCAAUAUCAGAAAUAAAAGUUAAGUCGGAGUCAGAGGAUUUCAUUCUUGCUACUCCCUAUAGCAACAGGCAGCCCCGUCUCUCUGGAACGCUUCUGGGGCCAGAGCAGAGCCAUCACAGUCGUCGUCGUCGUCACUCGGGGCAAACCGAGAGGAAUGAUGGCCUUCUUUACCAAUGCAGUGUUUGUUCGAAAAGUUUUAGGUCCCCAUCUAAACUGGAAAGACACUAUCUAAUUCAUGCAGAGCAAAAGCCAUUUGAAUGCUCAGUUUGUGGCAAAACAUUCAGACAGGCUCCUCACUGGAAGAGACAUCAACUCACUCACUUUAAGGAGUGACCCUAAGAGAAAGUGGUUGUCUUAAAUUUGGUUAUAUAACCGACAGAACCACUAACACAUUUGAGGGGUCUUUGGUGAUCUUUUUCUCAAAUCCUGUAUCCUUUAAACUGUAUUUUUAUCAAAAGACAGCAUUAUGUUGAGUUACUUCAUAGGCAUUUGCCAUGCAUAGUACGAGGUAAAAUACAUAGGAAAUUAACACAGUAUUUUGAGAACUGCCAAGUUAAUUUUUAGAGGGAAGAACAUGAUUUGAUGCCAUAAAGUAAGCGUUUGUUUUAAUAUAUACUUUGGUUUUGUUGAAAAUGUAAGUCAUGAUGCGGUACAAAUAAUUCAACCUCAUUUUUUGAAGGGAUUGUUCCUUAAGACAUUGCCAUGUCCUUUAUUCAAAAGACUGAGAGGCAAAAAUUGGUUUUGGGCUGCAGCAAAUAGCCCCAGUAUAUUUCAUUCAUUUUACAUUUCACAUGAAAGUUUAAUUUUGUCCACCUGUGGCACAUAUUCUUUUGUAAAGAUUUUUACUGGUAAAGUUAAAAACUGUAAAGGCAAUAAAAGUAAAAAUGGAUGAGAAAAACAGCAUUGCUUUCAUUGGUUUUUUCCAAGCUGUCUAUUCUUUGGAUCUGUGGUAGCCUCACCUCCUUUUCCACAGGUGAUUAGAAUUAGUGUUUUGCUCAGCCUAGUGUCUUCUAAGAGAAAGUGAAAGUAGGAGAGAGGCUAGGAAUCACCUGUAUACAUUUACCAUGUUUAUCUGGAAUAUCAUCCAAGUGCCAUAAUCUUUUCAAUCAUUUGUAUGCAGCGUUAUGUUUAUCUUUUCAGAAGAAUACAUGUAGUUUGUCUACCUGCUUAUUCAUGAUUUACAGCAGUAGUUGUAAACUUAAGAUCUGCAUCAUCACAAGACUUAGUUAAGUAAAACUUUAAUGCCUCUUAAAUUGAGUGGUCCAAUAACUUAACUAAAUUCUACUCUGUUAAGUUUGAUCAAAUGACAAUAACUAGUCUAGUUCUAGUUUUUAUUGAGUUUUUCAUUUUUGCAAGCUUGUAAUGCUGAAGAAUGUUAUUUUGAUCCUCUAAAUUGUUAUUUUAAUUAGUAAGGUAAUUAUUCCUGUGUAGGAAUAAGAUGCUUAUAGAAUUGGAGGUAUCAUUCUUCUAAACACUACUGUCAUGAUUUGAGAAAUAGUUACAAACGACAGAUUGUCUUCAAACUUGCUAUUUUUAAUAAAAACUUUAAGAAUGACAUUUCUUUGCAAUAAAAGAAAAUAACCAUUAUCUUUAUAAGGUAAAAAGAACAGGUGGGUUUUAUCCUAGCACACUUAAAUAUAGUGAGAAGCUCUCCAUUGAGCAUGGAUAAAUGAACAAUUGUAAGUUUUGCAUUCUACUCUUAAGAACUUUGUGUAGAGGGAGGAAGGAAGGGAGAUUGGUCUGCUUCUUUUACAAGUGAAAUUUGAGAAAUUUGGGUUUAAUUUAUAGAGGUGAAACAUGGCAGUGCAGAUAAAAUGCCGAGUGAUGUGCAAAUGUGCAGUAGAAUCAUAUGUUUUAAAGAAUAAAUUCUCUUAGGUUUCCUUUAGAUAUGUUCCUCCAGUGCAAGCAAGAUGAUGGUUUACAGAAUUUGCUUUACACAAAACUUUUCAAGAACACAUCUAUUACAUAAAAACAAGGAAUAGGUAAUUCAUGUUUUCAGAGAAUAAAGGUUCAAGAGUUUUUCUCCUUAAUGUGUCUGAAAUUACAUGUUUUAGGAUUUUCCUAAGUUAUUUGUAAUUUUAUUUGAAGUAAAUGCCUCAUAUACUCCUUUCCCAGCCCAAACAGGGAGAGUCCUAACAGUGUUGUGCUUGUAUGAUUAUUAGACUUCAUUUGCUUAACUGAUACAACUAUAAUUUUUUUUGGCCCAUGCCUUUUUAAGCUGUUUCAUAUUGAAAGUUGGAAUAUUGUAAAAAUUUUGUCAGAGAUGUACUAUAGUGCUAUUUGAAGUACCUGUAACAAAAUACUUCUUUACUAUCACUGCAAGCUUCUUGUGGAAACUUCAUAGGAAUGAAAGUAAACUGUAUACAUUCAUGGUAAGAAGAUUAAACAUUAGAUGUUAAAUGGUAAUUUGCUGCAUGCUAGAACUGUUGGUGUUGAAUCAGUUACUUUGGUUUUCUGAGAAAAUAAAAUUUAUAAAUAUCUUUAAAGAGAAAUAGAAGAAUGUUUUUGUUUGGGUGAUGCUGGGCUGUAACAUGAUUGUUUACUGAAGUGGUUUGAUUGAGUUAGAGGAAUUAGUGUUUCUUGUUUUGUACUGUGAUAGAGCCUACAAUUUUAGGAUAAAAUAUGUGUGUGUUGAAGGAAAGUAGAGGUGAUGGUAAGGAUUCUUGAAAAACAAAUUUCAGAAUAUUUUUAAAAUAAAGUUUCAAAUUAGA